CGGGGCGGGACAGCGGGAGACAAAGGAGAAAACUUCGCGAAGAGCGAGAGAGCGGGGCCGGGACACCGGGAGCCGCCGGGACAACACCCCCCCCCCCCCCCCCCCCUCCGCCCCGCCCGGAGUACGAAAUACCCCCCACCGGGUAUCGGCUCCUGCGUCAGCGGGACCCCCCACCCGGGACACCGAGGCGGCUGGACCCCCCCCGGGAACCCCCCCCCCCCCCCCCCCGAUCGCGGCGGGAUGCGGCGGGGCUGAGCGAGCGGCCCCGCGUCUGCGGAAGGUGACGCCGGGGUGCUCUGAAGCCACCCUGUCCCCCAUCACACCCCCUCCAAACACCCCACACCCCCCGCCCCCAGACGAUGAAACUGCCGCCCGCCUGCUGCCGGCUCCAGACGCUGGGAGCUGCCCUGGGGGUUUGCGUCACCAUCGGCUUCACGCUGCAGCUCCUGGGGGGGCCCCUCCAGCGCAGGGCCCCCGCGGCCCACCCUGGCCACCCCCCCGCACCUUGCCAGCCCCGCACCCACCUGGUUUUCCUGAAGACCCACAAGACGGGGGGCAGCAGCGUGGUGAACCUGCUGCACCGCUUCGGGGAGGCACAGGGGUUGCGCUUCGCCCUGCCCCACCGCUACCAGUUCGGGUACCCCAGCCCCUUCCGGGCCGAGCGGGUCAAGGGGUACCAGCCGGGGGGUCCCCCCUUUGACAUCAUCUGCCACCACAUGCGCUUCAACCUCACCGAGGUGCAGAAGGUGAUGCCCAACGACAGCUUCUACUUCUCCAUCGUGCGGGACCCCGGCACGCUGGGCGAGUCGGCUUUCGCCUACUACCGGGCUGUGGCGCCGGCUUUCCGGCGAGCCCCGUCGCUGGCCGCCUUCCUGGCAGCUCCGGGCCGCUUCUACGAGGCCGGGGCGCGGGGCAACCACUACGCCCGCAACCUGCAGUGGUUCGACUUUGGUUUGCCGGCGGUGGGCGAGGAGGACAGGGCCGGGGUGACGGCGGCGCUGGAGGGGCUGGAGCGGGUUUUCCCGCUGGUGCUGCUGGCCGAGCACUUCGACGAGUCGCUGGUGCUGCUGCGCGAAGCGUUGUGCUGGCCGGAGGAAGCCGUGGCCGCCUUCGCCCACAACGGCCGCCCGGCCGGGGACGCCCCCCGCGUCUCGCCCUCCCAGGCCGCCCGCCUGCGGGCAUGGAACGGCCUCGACUGGGCUCUCUACGCCCACCUCAACCGCUCCUUCUGGCGCCGGGCUGAGGCUUUCGGGGCCACCCGCCUGCGGGACGAGGUGGCCCGUCUGCGCCGGCGACGAGCCGCCCUGGCCCGGCGCUGCCUGCGGGGCGGCGGGCCCUCGCCCGCCCGCGCCAUCGCCGACGGCCGCCUCCGCCCCUUCCAGCCCCCCGGCCGGACCCAGAUUUUGGGGUACGCCCUGCGGGCCGGGCUGCCCCCCGCCGAGCGGGAGCGCUGCGCUCGCCUCGCCACCCCCGAGCUGCAGUACAAGGACAUCCUCGACCGGCGGCAGUUUGGGGGGGGGAACGGGUCGGUCCCGCCCGGGGGGUAGCGGGGUGGGGAGCCCUGACAGCGACAGGGGAACGGCGCCGUGCCUCGGUUUACCUGGGCUGGGCAAUGGGCCCCCUAACCCCGAUGGGGGCCAGGGUCCCCCCAUGGAACCACUCUGUGCCUCAGUUUACCGGCUGUGGGUAAUGCUGCCUCCCACCCCACCUCGCCCUCCCCCCGGUCUAAUAGGGAUUGGGGUCCCCCGUGGUACAGCUCUGUGCCUCAGUUUACCUGGGCUGGUAAUGGCCACCCUGAAACCUGACUGGGAUCGGGAUCCUCCCGUGGUACCACCCUGUGCCUCAGUUUACCAGGCCUGGGUAAUGGGCCCCCACCCCCCUCAUGGUACAGCUCCGUGCCUCAGUUUACCAGGGCUGGGUAAUGGGCCCCCACCCCCCUCAUGGUACAGCUCCGUGCCUCAGUUUACCAGGGCUGGGUAAUGGGCCCCCACCCCCUUCAUGGUACAGCUCCGUGCCUCAGUUUACCAGGGCUGGGUAAUGGGCCCCCACCCCCCUCAUGGUACAGCUCCGUGCCUCAGUUUACCAGGGCAGGGUAAUGGGCCCCCACCCCCCCCCACGUGCACACGGAGCCCCAGCACCCCCUGGGGGAAGGGGCUGGCGCCGGCCCCGCCCAAUCAAAGGCGCGCUUUGUGGUAACUAUGGCAAUAAAGACUGGAAUCAAGCCGUU